AUGAAAAUCCGUCGCUACAUUAGGGUCCGGAACAACGGAGUUCGGGGGUUUCAGUCCCUGAAGCCGGAGGCAAGUCGGACAAGCCUUAUAGCCCGUAUGCUGCAGAGGGAACCCACAAAGAGAGCGACCCUAGAGGAGAUCGGGGCCCACGAAUGGCUUCAAGGAGUCGACCCCUCCCCGGCCACCAAGCUGUCCACGCCUCUGGUGUCCCACCGCAGCCUGUCGGAGGAGGAGCACGGCUCCAUCAUCCAGCGCAUGGUGCUGGGGGCCAUCACAGACAGAGACACCAUCACCGAGGCUCUGGAGUCGAAUCAGUACAACCACAUCACAGCCACCUACUUCCUGCUGGCUGAGAAGAUGCUGAGGGACAAGCAGGAGAAGGAGCAGCAUAACCAGACACGCUCCCCCAGCCCCAGCAAGGCCCAGUUCAGGCAGUCCUGGCCAACCAGAGUGGAUGUUCACCAGGAUGUCAGCGAUGGCUUGGGGGGUCCAACUAUCUCUCUCCCCGGGGGGCCACAGUCCCCUGCCCGCAGCGCUGAGAGCCUCCACAGAGGCCCCCGGCCCAAAACAGCCCUGCUGGACCUCGGCCAGCGGCCAGCAUUCGGCCAGACCCAGGAGAGGGGGCCCAGGCCUCCGGUGAAUCCCCACAUCAACCCCCUCAGGCUGGGCUCUCUGACCUUAGUGGGCCCUGGAAAAACUCGCAGUCCCAGUCUUUUCAGCGUGGAGGAGGAUGAGGAAGAGGACGACAAACCUUCUUCCCUACCUGCUCAGGUGGUUCUUCGUGCUAAAGCUCCCUCGUCUUCUUCUGGUAAUCGGCUGACAUCCCGAAUGAGCGCCCCUGUUCUCAACCAGAUCCAUGAGGAGGAGGAAGAGCAGCAGGAGAGGAGGGAGCUGCAUGGAUUCGGCCCGCCCAAACCCAGCCUCAGCCUCAAUCUGAACCCUAGACCACCGUCCCCGACCACGCUCAUAUCAUCGCCAAAAACGGUAACACUAAGAGCACCGGUCGCUGUUUUCACCCCCAGCGCAGAGACUAGUGACGAUGAGACAGAGAGUCACCAUAAACUGGAUACGACGUGUGUAGAUGGAGACGGGGGCGAGAGAGAGGAGAGCAAAGAGGGGGGGGAGAACCGGGAGUCCAGUCCCUCAAACUGCGCCAGUCCUGGGUCCCUGUCGGGUCAAGGCAAGGCCAAAGCAGCCAGCGGUCUGGUGGAGAGCUUGAAGCUGAUGAGCCUGUGUCUGAGCUCUCAGUUCCACAACCUGACGGGGGGAGGAGGGGGGGAUCUAAAGCCCUGCAGAGAUGGACACCAAAUGGGCAUCGUGGAAGCCAACAUCCACCCUCCAGCGACGAGCUUACCACAUCUAACCUUCUCCUACGUCUCCAGCCAUCAGCUCGAACCAUCCCAGCGAGGACUGAACCUGCAGAUUUAA